AAUGCACGAUGAUGAACGUGGCCUAUAAAGAGUUACAUAGAGCUGGGACUCGAGAGAGUCCAAAGGGAAACGGAGAGAAGGGAUCAUCGAAUCGAAAUUGAAAGGGAUCGGGAAGGAGCGGUCAGCGAUGGCGACGUCAAUGGCGAGAUCGGGGCUCCGAGCAGCGGCGGCGGCCGCCUUUCGCGGAGGUGCGAAGAGUGGCUCCCGUCCCGUUAUUCCCAACAAGCGAAGCUUCUCCGCCUCCGCUCACCACGACGACGCCUAUGAGACCGCGAAAUGGGAGAAGAUUACGUACGCUGGAAUCGUGACCUGCACCAUUUUGUCCAUCUAUAACCUCUCCAAGGGCCAUCCUCACCAUCCCGACCCCCCGGCUUACGCAUAUCUGCACAUCCGGAGCAAGGAAUUCCCCUGGGGUCCCGAUGGCCUUUUUGAGAAGAAGCAGCACUCUGAGCACUAGGAUAUACCUUUGUUCAGAGAAUUACUUUCUGUUCAAGAAUCUCUGGUGGUUGAUGAAAUGAUAUUUGGGAAGACAUAUUUGAAUCUAUCUUCCAGUUUUUUCUUUCUUGAAAAUCCAAUUAGUUUUUUGAACCUUCUUCUAGCAUUCAAGAUACUGCAGGUUGACACUAAUUGUAAUAAUAUGUAGAUUCUCUCAACAAAUAAAAUAGUCUUUGCUUGGGUUGGGCUUCCUUGAACUUUAAGUAUGCUUGUACUUAGUUAUUUGCAAGUAGAACUGCUUGAAUGAAUGCUGAUGACUAACCAGUACA